CGAUCGCAGUCGGGACUCGCCGCGCGGCCAAGGGCUGCCCUUUCCAAAGACCUCACCGGGAUCCAGCUCGACUAUCACGCGACUCGUUUGGUAGAAAUUGCAGCCUGAUUAGCAAAGCAGCGGGCGCUACAUCAGGGUACCCGCGCCUAUCCGUAGUCUCUACUCUCAAAAAUCGCGCCUCUCCUCGAUUUUAUUCCCACAAGAUUCUCCCAGUCUCCACAAUGCUACCGCCACUACCCAGGUUGAGCGACUACGACGUCUCUCCACACAAUGGUUUUCUGCCUACAGAGAUACCACUCGACGUCCUUCCGGAUGCGUACUAUCAACCAUGGGAGACCAUCGUGCGCAGCUUCCAAGCAUUGAUCCUUACUAAGCGAUUUCGACGAGUGAUCGAUGCUCUACCUGUGCUUUCCACCGACCUUCUCCUCACCCAAGCCGAAUGGCAGCGAGCGUACUCAGUCCUUGGGUUCUUCGCUCACGCAUAUGUCUGGGGAGGUGAUAGGCCAGCUGACGAUGUACCACCAUCCAUCUCCAUCCCCUUCCUGGAAACAUGCAGGCAUCUUGAGAUGCCUGCUGUGGCCACAUACGCAGGUGUCUGCUUGUGGAACUGGCGACCCCUCUUCAGCAAUGAGCCAGCCGACACCCUAGACAACUUGGCGACACAAAUGACCUUCACCGGCUCGCUGGACGAAUCAUGGUUUUACUUGGUGUCGGUGGCAAUCGAAGCACGUGCUGGACCCAUAAUCCCCAUGAUGAUCGAAGCCAUUGCAGCUGCCAGGCAUAACGACACUGCUAUUGUUGUGGAGUGUCUUCGUACAUUUGCCGAAAGACUUGACGAGAUUGGCGUUCUGCUGGAGCGCAUGUACGAGAGCUGCGACCCCCACGUCUUCUACCAUCGUAUCCGGCCUUUCCUCGCGGGCAGCAAAAACAUGGCUGACGCUGGUCUGCCGAACGGGGUGAGAUUUGACGAUGGAACCGGACAGCAGCCUUACGUCCAGCUCGGUGGUGGUAGCAACGCACAGAGCUCGGUCAUCCAAUUCUUCGACAUCGUCCUCGGUGUUGAACACCGCCCGACUGGCAACAAGCCAACAGAGGGAGGAGCUGUCGGUUCGCCCAACAACAACUUCAUCACCGAGAUGCGCAACUACAUGCCUGGUCCGCACCGCAGGUUCCUCGAGGCUGUCGAGCGCGUAGCCAACAUCCGGGACUUUGUCGAAUCGAACCGCAACAACCGCGCUCUGACAAUCGCAUAUGAUGCAUGCUUGGCCAUGCUACGAACGCUUCGUGACAAACACAUCCAACUCGUGUCACGCUACAUCAUCAUCAAAUCCCGCGAGAGCAAGAACGUGCCGCUCAAACAGGCCAUGAACCAGCCUCAGCCUGUAAAUCUCGCAAACACUGUGCAGCGCAGUGGCAGCAAGGCGCUUCGCGGCACCGGUGGUACCGCCCUCAUUCCCUUCCUCAAGCAGGCUCGCGACGAGACUGGCGAGCCAGCUAUCGAUGCUUGGGCCCGCCGUUUGCUCGGAAAUGGUCCAGGCGACGCUGGCAUUGCAAGGCUCGGUAAAGUCAAAGAAGGCUUCGAUGGUGCUGUUGAAGUCGUCGGCCUUGCAGGCACCUGGAGUGUCGACGACAGUGAGGGUGGUAUCUGUCACUGGUAAGCGAUUGACAACGUCUCGCUCCCCUGAGAGUCGCUCAUGGGCUCUCCGAUCCACCAGAGGAUUUAUCCUCGCGAAGUUGCAUGCCUGCAGGCGUCUAUCUGCCCACAGACGUUACUGUACGGGCUGGCUUCUAGGGCAUUUGCAUUACUUACGAUCUCCUUCUGUUGACGCACACUCCUUCAUACUUGAGAGGGUAUAUUUGGUAUCAUACAAACGCAAUAUACAGACCCUGUUCCGUGUCUCUGAGACACAUAUCGAGACGCCUGAUAUUGAUUGCAUCAUACAUGCAGCUAAUCGCACACAUGCCUCCACAUGCUCGGAAACAACCGCGUUGU